GAUGCCGCUGAUUCAGAGUUUGCGUGGCUGGCGCUCUCUGUUGCUGUUACUGUGCGUGAACUUACCCAGGACCAGGGUGCGAAUGUACCUCCUGACGACGAGGGAGAAAACUCGGGCGUCUGCGUGGUGACCCUUCCGCCCACGAAAUGGCACUGGCGUGCUCGCACCGGUGCCCUGGCCUUAGCGGCUCUGAUUCCGAAACACGCUGGUCGCGGCUUUCGUGUUAUGUUUACUAGCUCGGUCUUCAGCCUGCCGGAGCUGCUC